AUGGUCGGAAUCGAAGAGCUCAAUCCGUGCGCUGUGGGGAGUACAGUUGAAUGGCGCAUAAAAGAGAACAAAGGUGGGCCAUCCAAUGAGACUACUAACCGUAAAAUGGACCAAUACAAGAAACUUAAAGAAAAUGGCAUGCAUUUCAACGAUAAAUUGCAGCAAUCACAACAAUUCCACAACCCUCACAUUAACGCAAAGCUUAUUAGCUGGGUCGGCGUCGACGAGUAUGCAUCCAAUCAGCCAAACAACGCGAACGUUCAACAGAGAAAGUAA